UUCUCGAAGCGCUGGAAAAUUACCUUCCGUUUCCGCGCGCUGUCGUGCGCGCUGUCGUGGUCUGAGUAACCUGGCCUUUUCAUAAGACAACAUGGCGGCAUCAGCUCCACCAGCAUAUCACGACGUUGUUUCUUCAGACGAGGCGAGCUCGUUCAGAAAUGCGGUACCAGCUACUCAAGUGGCGCUACAUGUUUCUUGCAGGAAUCUUGCAGAUAUGGACGUGUUCUCAAAAUCUGAUCCAAUGGUGGUUAUGUACACUCAAGCAAUGGGAAGUAAAGAAUGGAGAGAGUUUGGGCGAACAGAACACAUCAUGAACACACUAAAUCCAGACUUUGUCAAGACGUUUGUCAUCCACUAUUUCUUUGAAGAAAUGCAGAAGUUACGCUUUGAAGUGUAUGAUAUAGAUAAAAAUUCUCCCAAGCUCUCAGACCAUGAUUUUAUUGGAGCUGUUGAGUGCACAUUGGGAUCAAUUGUUGGAGAGUUUGGUGGAAAGCUUCAAAAACCCUUGAUAAAUUCAAAGCUUAAGAAGCCUGGAACGAUAAUUGUGACUGCUGAAGAACUCAGUGAUUGCAAAGAUGUGGUAAUACUUCAAUUUAAAGGCCACAAGCUUGACAAGAAAGACUUCUUUGGAAAGUCAGAUCCUUUCUUAGUGUUCUACAGAUGUAAUGAAGAUAACAGUGAUACUGCAGUUCACAGAACAGAAGUUAUCAAAAACACGUUGAAUCCAACUUGGAAGCCAUUUACUGUACAUGCCAGGGCACUUUGUAAUGGAGAUUAUGAUCGGUCCAUCAGAGUGGAAUGUUACGACUGGGACAGAGAUGGGGGGCAUGACUUGAUUGGAAUAUUUUCCACAACCAUCAAUGAGCUAAACUCAACUCGUGGAAUGACAUUUGAGAAUGGUAAUCCUCACAAUCCAAUGUGUGAAGGAAUAGAUGGUGUUACAGCAGCUUAUUAUCACAGUAUACAGAGAGUGCAGCUCUAUGGUAAUGAACCAUGUCCAUCAAUCUGUAGGGUCCUUCCUGUCCUUAAAAAAUUAAAAAUUCUUUCAGGCCUUUCAAUUAACUUUUUAUUAAUGAGUUUGAGAAGUGUACUUAGACUGUUUCAAGGUUGGCAUAUUUUCAGACAAUAUUUGGUACCCUUAAUUUAUUGUUCUUUUUCGUUUUUAAUGACAGCCAUGGAAGAACUUGAUGGUGACACAGUCCGUUUGUCGUCACGUGGGAGAUAUGCAGAGAGAGACAUAGUACAGUUUGUCCCUUUCCGUGACUACAUUGGACAAGCUGGUAAUGUCAUAAGCGGGGCUCGAUUGGCAAAAGAUGUGCUGGAAGAACUUCCAGACCAGUUCCUAGACUACAUGAAAAAACACAAAGUCAAACCAAGGCCCCCGCAAUACCACUUUGCUGCCACGGCUGUGGUUUAAGAAGGGAAAGUUAUUUGGAGAUUAUAUAGUGGAAAACAUGUAAUGGAAAAUAUUUUAUAAUAUAGUUAUGCUAUUCAGGCUGUCAGUAGAUUGUAGUAUGGGCCCUGCAACCUGAAUCCCAGGGAGGAGCCUGGGAUCAAGGCUGGGGCCCUCCCUUGUCCCCAAGUGCUGUCGAUGACUGCUAGUGCACUGCUAGAUGGUUAGGUCACAAAGUGCAAAUUGGUAGGGCAACUUAGAUUUUUGAGAGUUCAAAAGGUAGUGGAUAUAUGUGCAUAACAAGUUAUGUAAAAUAAGGCAUACCGCAAGGCUGUGGUCUAAGAAAAAUUACGAAGAGCGCAAUUGUUCCCAGCCAUGAAAUCCUGGGUGCCCAGCACUUAAGCUUAUAAGUAAGUUUUUCCAGUGGCCCAAGGGCAAAAGUUAGCAACCUGUGGCACCUGGGCACUUCUAGAGCACAGCCCUGUAUUGCAGUAAUAUUAUGAUUAUUGUGGUAAUUUAUAAGAGUUCGAAUAUUGUAUUAGAAAUUCAGUUUGCUAGAUAUGUAUUUUUAUUAAAAUAUUAACUUUCCAUUUGAUAUAUACAACAGUGUGUAAAUUUAACUCUUAGUGUAAUAUGCUACAUAAACAUUUAGUGAAACGUUUUCAUCGGGUUGAUGUUUGUAUUUUAAUAAACGAUCUCUGUGUUGUUACAGGAGAACUUAGUGUAAGAAUUUUCCUACAAGAGUGAAAAUAGAUUUUACUUAGUUAAAUGCAACUGUCUGAUAUUUUGACGGUGUAAACUGAGCAUUAGUUUUUUAUUUCUCACUACAAACUACACCAGGUAGAGAACUAUUCUAAGAACUUUUCAGUAUUUUCUUAAAUAGUAUUUCUGUAAUGACAGUACUGUAACUGUCAGUUUUAUUUGUUUUUGGUACAAAACAGCAAGAUACUCAGAGAGUGACUACAGUUUAGAAGGUAGGAGUUCAGAGUAGUAUAGGAGGGUAGGUUUGUACCAGAAUUUAUCAUAUGUUAAGGAACUGCUGUAAUUUUUGUUUGGUUGACUUCAUUUAUGCCUUAAGAAAUAUUACUUUUACGUAUUCAAAAUACAUUAUUCCUUUCGCCCUGACCAGAGCUAAGAUAUAAAUAUUUCUCCCAAGUAUUCUGUAUUUAAGUAAGAUAAAAUAGUUAUAUUACACUAUUUCAUAACAAUUGAAACUUUGUAAAACAAGAUAACAGAGUGAAAAAUUGGGUCCACUUGUAAUUUUGGAGUAAGAGUCCUCUGGAAGUACAUAGUUCUUUGCAGGAAAAAUAAAGCUUCCAUUUUCAAGUUUUGAA